UUUUUCUUUGGUUAGAGUAAUGUGAAGUGAAUAUCAAAUUGGUGUAGCACUUUCUUCUUCUUCUUGUUAUUUUUUUUCCCAAGAGAAGAACUAUAUUAAUGAGGAAACUGUUACAAUGAGUUUUGGAGCAACAAGUUGCUCACAAACUUCAAACUGUAAGUCCGUACGGACACUUCUGGUGUAUCACUUAGAAUAUAGUUUUAAGAAAAAUUAAAAGUUAAGAGAAAAAUAAAUAGACUUCGGGUCGAGAAAUACCAAGUACUAAUUAUUAUUAUUUUGAUAAAAAAGUGAGGGUAAAUUUUCAUCACCACGUUACAGCUACAACAUCACAAUUUGAUUAUAGUAUGUUAUGUCGGAGGAUUGUGCCAAGUGCCAAGUUUAAGAUAUCUCAUGUCUAGACAUAAGUACUUGACUUUUUCUUAUAUGUUUUAGAUGAUGAUUAGUAGACAUUGAUUGUUAGUUUUUUCUGAUCGAGAGAUGUGUGAAAAAGAGAAGAGACCUCCCUCUCACCCUAUUGAAUUAAUGAAGAAGAAGAAGAAACCAACAAGAGCGGGCACCAAACCGAAACUUUUCAAAACAAAACAAUAAAACAAAACUAUGAAAUCUGAAAUUAAAAAAGACCUAUAAAUCAUUUUUGUAAUAUGACAAAAUAAUAUGAGAGGCACAAUGACACAUCCCACUAAACGAGUUGAUCUAAUGAUGUACUUAGACAUUGAGUCUGUUUAUCACAACAGUGUUCAAACUGUGUUAAGCUUAAAUCAGAUCAAAGCUAGGUUAUAUAUGAUUUCCCGAAGAUUGAUACGUUACGGCAAACUAAUUUCACAAGUUUCCAGGAUAUUUCCGUGCCGAAAAUGACCUCCCAUUGCUCUGACGCAAGCCGUGAUGUCACAUUGAUUUUUCAUCCCCUAACAUGGGCGCUAAUGUUGACCAGACUUCUCCAACUCCUGAGUGAUUCCAUUUGUUUGACUACUGUCCACAGAACAUAAGAGCUUUUCUGUAUUUUUUUUUUUUUUUUCCGUAAAAAGGUUUGAAACAAGCUCAGCUCCACACAUACGUUCGUUCUAUUUAUUAUAUUAAUAGUAAAAGUUUGCACUAGGAGGACAUAAAACCUAAACUCGAGCUACAUGACAAUAAUCAUCAUAGCUAGAGAAAAGUCCAGAAUAAUAGAUCAUCUGCUACAUCAUUCCUCAUUUCUCUGUAUUAGGUAAUUGUUUUCUUAGAAGACUAACAAUGGCAUUACCCAAUUAGGUUACCUAGUUUACUUUUCCAGAAUUUUAUUAUAAAUUACUACAAAAUCCCAUAAUAAAGAGAAUUCUUAUGCGUAAUGACAAGGAUGCUUUCCCUAUUCAAUGUUUUCUAGUGAGGAAGAAGAAAAUUUUAUUCUGUAUAUAAUGAAUGGCGCAUAUCCAUGUCUGUCUGUUCUGUAUAUAGUAAACUAGUGAGGACUGAGGAAAAAGGAUCCCAUAUCUUCUGGUUUUCUUGUUACCAAGGAUCCUACUAUUUCCUAUGUAUAGGUUGAAAUGUUCACCGCCAUAGAAGCAUAAUCACAAACACUGAAACACAUCUUACCCUUUAACCUAUUGCCUCUACAUCUUCGUUCUGAGUUCUGAAAUCCAAACAUGGGUAGCGAAUGCCAUGGCUCUGUUCACAUAUUCUUGUUCCCUUUCAUGGCUCACGGCCACAUGAUCCCAGUCUCCGACACGGCCAAGCUCUUUGCUUCAUACGGCGUCAAGAUCACCAUCGUCACCACCCCUCUAAACGCCAUCAGAUUCGCCCAAACGACCCAGUCGAGCAAAUUCAACAUCCAAAUCAAGGCCAUCGAGUUCCCAAGCGAAGAGGCUGGUUUGCCAAAAGGUUGUGAGAACGUCGACACGUUGCCCUCGCCUGAUUUAGUCAACCCUUUCUUCAAAGCCACACGCUUGCUUCAACCACAGUUCGAGGAGCUUCUCAAGGAGUUCAAGCCGACUUGCAUAGUAGCUGACAUGGUCUUUCCUUGGGCUACUGAAGCUGCUGCCAAGUUCGGUAUUCCGAGGUUGGUUUUUAGUGGGACUAGCUUCUUUGCUAUGUGUGCUUUAGACUGUGUCAAGGUUUAUGAGCCUUACAGUAAGGUUUCAAGUGAAACUGAGCCUUUUGUGAUCCCCUAUUUGCCGGGUGAGAUUGAAUUGACAAGAGCUCAACUGCCUGACUUUAUCAAAAACAAUGUUUUGAAUGAUGUGACCCAGUUGCUGAAAGAGGCUAGAGAAGCCGAGUUGAAGAGCUUUGGAAUUAUUAUGAACAGCUUCUAUGAGCUCGAACCGGUUUAUGCAGAUUUUUACAGAAAUGAGUUGGGGAGAAAGGCAUGGCAUAUAGGCCCUGUUUCUCUAUGCAACAGAGAGACUGAGGAGAAAGUACAGAGAGGAAAAGAAGCUACAAUUGAUGAGCACGAGUGUUUGAAAUGGCUUGAUUCAAAGAAACCAGAUUCUGUUGUGUAUCUCUGUUUUGGGAGUGUGGCCGAUUUCAAUUCCACUCAGCUCAAGGAGAUUGCCAUGGCUCUAGAAGCUGCCGGGCAGGACUUCAUUUGGGUAGUGAGGAAAGGCAAAGAUGAGGUGGAUGAGUGGUUGCCUGAAGGAUUUGAAGAGAGGAUGGAAGGCAAGGGAUUGAUGAUCAGAGGUUGGGCUCCUCAGGUUUUGAUUCUUGACCAUCCAAGUGUUGGUGGGUUUGUGACACAUUGUGGGUGGAAUUCCACAUUGGAAGGCAUUUCUGCAGGGCUUCCUAUGGUGACAUGGCCAUUGGCUGCUGAGCAAUUUUACAAUGAGAAAUUGGUGGCCCAGGUGCUUAAGAUUGGAGUUGGUGUUGGAACUCAGAAAUGGGUCAGGCUUUUUGGGGAUAGUGUGAAGAAGGAAGCUAUUGUGAAAGCUGUGAGUCAGAUCAUGGUAGGAGAAGAGGCAGAAGAAAGGAGAAGCAGAGCCAGGGAGCUUGGAAAGCAAGCAAGGAGGGCUGUUGAAGAGGGAGGAUCAUCAUACCAGGAUUUUAAUAAGCUAAUUCAAGAGUUGAAAUCCCAACAACUAGGAUAAAAAUGUCCAAGGAUUUUUGCAGCAAUGUUUCAUUUUAGACACAAUCUAGUAAACAUUUUGUUUGGUUUAUACUUUGUAAUAUGGUAUGAUGCAAACCAUUGGAAAAUGAGAUCAUCAUCUUUUCA